AUGACACCUCCAACGCAGCGGAAAUACGACAUCGUGGUCUUCGGGGCCAACGGCUACACCGCCAGGUUGUACGCUCAGUACCUCGCUAAGCAUCCCAUUCCCGGUGUCCGGUGGGCGCUCGCGGGGAGGAAUGCCGCCAAGAUUGAGGCUCUACGAGACAGUCUCAAAGAGGAAAAUCCAGACUGUCAGAUAAUACCAGAUGUGCAACAAUGUUCUCUCUCGGAACCCGAUCUGGACAGUCUGACCAAAAGUACAAAAAUCCUCGUCAACGGCGUCGGUCCGUACUCGACCUAUGGUGAACCGGUGGUCAAGGCGUGCGCAGAGAAUGGCACCGGCUACUUCGACUGGUCGCCAGAGACCCCUUGGAUCGAAGAGAUGAUUGAGAAAUACCAGGACAUCGCAAAAACCAAUCGAGCGCGCAUCAUCCCUGGCAUUGGCAACUCCAGCGGACCGUCUUCGAUCCUGGCGCACCUCGUAGCAAAGGAAUUCCAGACCAGGUACGAAACGCCAGCGAGAGAGAUAAUAUGCUCGUUUUACAUGAAGAACAUGGCCAUGAGCCAAGGGUCCUUGAGCACCAUGCACGCUGUCACCGCGCGGUACGGCACUGGCCAUUACUCAUCUCCCAAACCCUUCCGGCUACUGCCCAAGUCUCUGGCACAGGCACCAUUCCCACAGAAACCGUGGUUUUGCGCUGCAUGGGACCCGGAGCUGGGACAUCUCGCAUUGUCCUAUCCUUCAUCGGGGAAUGAAGCCGUGGUUUAUCGAGGCCGGUACCUGGAACCGUCAAUCUUCCACCCGGACUUGGUCUAUCACGAAUACGCGCCUGUCAGCUCAAAAGCCGCGGCGGUCGGGGUAUACCUGGCCAACAAAUUAGGCAUCGUCAUACUAGGUAGCUUGCCUACAAACGUCUUGCGUUCGUUGAUGAAGCUGGAGCCGGUGACGCCUGAAUCGGGCAUCGUGAGACAGGACGAGUCUUUAGACCUCCGCACGGUGGCACGAGGCGACAAGAACGCCAAGGACUUCAACGACAAAGCAAUCGUGAGGGCGGAUUGGCAUUAUGAUGGUAAUAUGUAUUAUCAUUCCGCAGUCCUGGCCGUGGAGGCGUCGGCCGUGUUGUUGGAUCUGUGGGGGCUGGAUUUUGGGUCCAGCACUGGGCCAGGGAAGCCAGGCUUCGGCUUCCUCGUCCCGGGGUGUCUUGGGGAUUCUUUCGUGAAGAGACUGAAGAAGGUGGAUGGCCUGACGAUUGAGGUGUCGUAA